AUGAUAAAAAAGUUUGACAAGAAAGACGAAGAGUCUGGAAGUGGCUCAAACCCUUUCCAGCAUCUGGAGAAGAGUGCCGUUUUGCAAGAAGCUCGCAUUUUCAACGAGACACCCAUCAACCCGCGGAGAUGCCUGCAUAUCCUCACCAAAAUCAUUUACCUCCUCAACCAGGGCGAACAUUUUGGGACCACCGAAGCUACGGAGGCAUUCUUUGCCAUGACCAGGCUCUUCCAAUCCAAUGACCAAACACUGAGGAGGAUGUGCUACUUGACUAUUAAGGAGAUGGCCAACAUCUCUGAGGACGUCAUCAUUGUCACCAGCAGUCUUACCAAAGACAUGACUGGCAAGGAUGACGUGUACAGAGGACCUGCCAUCAGAGCUCUUUGCAGGAUCACAGAUACCACCAUGCUGCAGGCCAUCGAGAGAUACAUGAAGCAGGCCAUCGUCGACAAGGUGCCGAGUGUGUCCAGCUCAGCUUUGGUAUCCUCACUGCACAUGGUGAGGAUGAGCUACGACGUCGUGAAACGUUGGGUGAACGAAGCGCAGGAGGCGGCUUCAAGCGAUAACAUCAUGGUUCAGUACCAUGCUCUGGGCCUAUUAUAUCACUUGAGGAAGAAUGAUCGCCUGGCCGUGACUAAGAUGCUCAACAAAUUCACAAAGUCGGGCCUCAAGUCGCCCUUUGCUUACUGUAUGCUGAUCCGCAUUGCCAGCAAGCUUCUGGACGAGACGGAAGGAGGUCACGACAGCCCCUUGUUUGACUUCAUCGAGAGCUGCCUGAGGAACAAGAACGAGAUGGUCGUGUACGAAGCCGCCUCCGCCAUUGUUCACAUGCCCAACUGCACGGCUAGGGAGCUGGCCCCCGCUGUGUCCGUGUUACAGCUCUUCUGCAGUUCCCCCAAAGCUGCACUGAGAUACGCCGCAGUCAGGACCCUCAACAAGGUUGCGAUGAAGCAUCCGUCGGCCGUGACGGCGUGCAACCUGGACCUGGAGAACCUGAUCACGGAUUCCAACCGCAGCAUCGCUACGCUCGCCAUCACCACACUGCUGAAGACGGGCAGCGAGAGCAGCGUGGACCGACUCAUGAAGCAGAUUUCUUCCUUCGUCUCGGAGAUCUCCGACGAGUUCAAGGUGGUGGUGGUGCAAGCCAUCAGCGCUCUGUGUCAGAAGUAUCCCAGGAAACACGGCGUCAUGAUGAACUUCCUUUCCAACAUGCUGAGAGACGACGGCGGCUUUGAGUACAAGCGCGCCAUCGUGGAUUGCAUCAUCGGCAUUAUCGAGGAGAACCCCGAGAGUAAAGAAACGGGCCUGGCGCACCUGUGCGAGUUCAUCGAGGACUGCGAACACACGGUGCUAGCCACCAAGAUUCUGCACCUGCUGGGAAAGGAGGGGCCGCGCACCCCGCAGCCGUCCAAAUACAUCCGCUUCAUCUUCAACAGAGUGGUGCUGGAGAGCGAGGCCGUGCGAGCCGCGGCUGUCAGCGCUUUGGCCAAAUUCGGAGCUCAGAACGACGACCUUCUGCCAAGUGUUCUGGUUCUCAUGCAGAGGUGCAUGAUGGACAGCGACGACGAGGUGCGUGACAGAGCGACGUUUUACAUGAACGUGCUGCAGCAGAAGCAGAAAGCGCUCAAUGCCGCCUACAUCUUCAACGGUUUGUCUGUAUCCGUCCCGGGUCUUGAGAAGUCACUGCACCAGUACACUCUGGAUCCUUCAGAGAAACCCUUCGACAUGAAGUCUGUUCCUCUCGCCACAACGCCCAUCACAGAACAAAAAACAGAAAUCACUCCGGCGGCGACGAGCAAGCUCCCAGAAAAGCUAGCUCCAUCACGCCAGGACAUCUAUCAAGAACAACUGGCGGCCAUCCCGGAGUUUCAAGGUCUCGGCCCGCUCUUCAAGUCGGCCGAGCCGGUCCAGCUGACGGAAGCAGAGACGGAAUACGUGGUCCGCUGCAUCAAACACACCUUCUCAAGACACAUGGUGUUCCAGUUCGACUGCACCAACACGCUCAACGACCAGCUCCUUCAGAAGGUUCUUGUGCAAAUGGAGCCGUCGGAGUCGUACGAGGUGCUCCAAUACAUUCCCGCUGCCAGCCUCCCAUACAGCCAGCCCGGCUCGUGCUACACGCUAGUGCGCCUGCCUGAAGAUGACCCCACGGCGGUGUCAUGUACGUUCAGCUGCACGAUGAAAUAUCUGGUCAGAGACUGCGACCCCAACACGGGAGAGCCGGACGACGACGGUUACGACGACGAGUAUGUGUUGGAGGACUUGGAAGUUACCGUGGCGGACCACAUACAGAAGGUUCUAAAGCCCAACUUCGGGGCGGCGUGGGAAGAAGUGGGAGACGAGUUUGAGAAAGAGGAGACAUUCGCGCUGGCGUCCGUACGCACUCUGGACGAGGCGGUGAAAAACAUCGUCAACUUCUUGGGAAUGCAACCAUGCGAACGCUCGGACAAAGUACCGGAAAACAAGAACUCUCACAUCCUUUUCCUCGCCGGUGUUUUCCGAGGAGGUCACGACACACUCGUCCGCGCUCGUCUGGCGCUGGCCGACGGCGUCACCAUGCAGGUGACCGUCCGCAGCGACGACGAAACCGUUGUUGACGUCAUCCUGGCGUCCGUGGGCUAA